AUGUCAAGCGGAGCCAUCAAGCCUCAAGAGACUGCUCCUCAACUGCAGUCAUCUGUGGAGGCCCUAGCCUGUAGUCAGGCAGCAGGAGCAAAGUCAUCUUCUUCUUCUGAAUAUGUCACCUGUGCCUCCUCUCAAUCCAAGCUUCCCCGUCAUGAUCAGGAUGGGCCCUAUAACGCCCAAGAGGAUGCCCCUCAGCAUCAGUCACCAGUGGAGGCCCCAGCUUGUAUUCAGGAAGCAGGAGGAGAUUCCUCCCCCUCUGAAUAUUUUACCUGUGUGGCCUCCCCUUCCAGGCUUCCCCAUUCUGAUGUGGAUGGACCCUGCAACACUCAGGAGGAUGCGCCUCAAUGUCAGUCACCUGUGGAGGCCCCAGCCUGUAGUCAGGCAGCAGGAGUAAACUCCUUUAUAUCUGAAUAUUCCAGCUUUGGAUGUUCUCCAUCCAAGCUGUCCAUUCCUGAUGAGGAUGAAAACCCAAUUGACCAUGAGCACAGCUUAGAGAUCAGAGCCCAGGAAAAAGGGGAGGAGGCUAACAGUCCAGUACAGCCUCCCGCUCUGAGCAGGUAUCCCAGCACUAAGACGCCUGAGUGGCUGGUGGCCCAGGACAGUGGGUUCAGGUGCAUGGCCUGCUGCCGGGUGUUCCCCAGUUUAGAAGUCCUCCAGGAGCAUGUGGAGUGCGGGGUCAGGGAGGGCUUCAGCUGCCAUGCUUUCCAUAAUGCCAUGGCUCAUCUAAAGAACAAAUAUCUUAAAGAUGAACAAGAGAACCAAGGAGGCAACAUGUAG